AUGACUACUAGCAAAACAGUGGUGGUUGUCGGAGCUGGCUCUCACGGUAUCGGAAGCGCAAAUCACAUCAAAAGAGAACUCAAGGACCAAGGCACUGUCAAAUUGAUUUCAAUUUCAGAUAAUGCUUACUUCUUACCAGCUGCAAUCCGCUUACCUCUAACAAGAGACUAUGAAAAUAUAAUUUACCCAUUAACAGAUGUCGUCGAUAAAGAUGUUGAGAUCAUCAAGGAUGAAGUGUUGAGUUUCACAGACUCAGCAGUUACAACAAAAUCUGGUAAAGUCAUUGAAUUUGACGCCUUAGUUUUAGCUACUGGCUCUAGAUGGUCAAGCCCAGUUGCUUCAACUUUUGACUUUGGUGAUAACCAUGAAAAAUAUUUUGAAGAGCAACAUGAUAAAAUUGAAAGUGCAAAACAUAUUUUGCUUAUUGGUGGUGGCUUUGUGAAUGCCGAGUUUGUUGGUGAACUAGUUGCAAAAUAUGAAGCUGAUAUUAAAUCUGGUGCAAAGAAGAUUUCAAUUGUUCAUAAUGCGGAUAAACUUUUACCUGAUGGUCCAUUUUAUGGUGAAAACUUGAGAACUGAUAUUACAAACUGGAUGAAAGAACAUGGUGUCAAACUUUACUUGAACUCUAAAGGUGUGGUUUCACCUAAUGAUCCACAUAAAGUUAUAAUCAAUGGCAAGGAGGAAGUUGAAGCUGAUUUAAUCUACUUUGGUACAGGUAUCAAGCCUAUUGUUCCAGAAAAUGACUUUGUUGAUUUAACAAAUAAGCAAGGAUUCGUUCGUGUUGAUAAAACUUUCCAAGCUAAAGGAGUUCCAAAAGGGAACAUAUUUGCUAUUGGUGAUGUUAAUGAUUUUGAAUACCAUGGGUUAAUAAAAAGAGAAGAUUGGUCCAAAACUAUUAGAAAAAAUGUUGCUUUGUACUUGAAAGAUGGAUCCAAAGCUAAACUCACAGAAACUUCUACUUUUGAGAAUGAAAACAUUCCAAGUGUUGUCUCAUUAGGCCCAAAGCAUGGGAAAGGUCAACUACCACUUCCAUUAUUUGGAACAGUUAGAGCACCUGAAUUUCUUGCUGUGAGUAUGAAAUCCAAGACCUUGUUCACAGAAAAGGUCAAGAAGAUGACAGCUAGAUAA